GCGAUUGCCUGGCUUGGGUCGUCGAAAACAAAACACGAGACUGAAAAGAAGUUAAAGUUUGCAACAGCAUGGCUCCCCCUGUAUUUUCCCCAAGAGGACGUGGCGGCGGAAGAGGUGGAUUUGGUGAUCGUGGUGGGGGAAGAGGUGGAUUCGGUGACCGUGGAGGAUUCGGUGACCGUGGAGGGCGCGGUGGGUUUGGCGGGAGAGGUGGUGGCCGUGGCAGAGGUGGAUUUGGUGAUCGAGGUGGUGGCCGUGGCAGAGGUGGAUUUGGUGAUCGAGGCCGCGGUGGUGGCAGAGGACGUGGUGGCGGCGGCGGCCGUGGAGGCCGUGGAGGUAUGAGGGGUGGGGCAAAAGUUGCAGUGGAGCCUCACAGAUAUGAAGGCGUGUUUAUUGGCAGGGGAGGCAGAGAGGAUGUAUUGUUGACAAAGAACUUUGCUGUUGGAGAAUCUGUCUAUGGAGAAAAGAGAAUUUCUAUUGAGGAAGGAGAGACAAAGAUUGAGUACAGAGCAUGGAAUCCUUUCCGUUCCAAACUUGCAGCAGCCAUUGUAGGCGGUGUUGGUGACAUUCACAUCAAGCCAGGUUCCAAAGUGCUCUACCUGGGUGCUGCAUCUGGUACCACAGUCAGCCACGUGUCGGACAUUGUGGGCGCAGACGGACUGGUGUAUGCGGUGGAGUUCUCUCACAGGAGUGGUCGUGACCUGCUCAAUGUGGCCAAGAAACGGACCAACAUCAUCCCCAUCAUCGAGGACGCCCGCCACCCGCACAAGUACAGGAUGCUUGUCGGAAUGGUGGACUGUAUCUUUGCUGAUGUCGCUCAGCCGGACCAGGCCAGAAUUGUAGCCGUCAACGCCCACAGCUUUUUGAAGAACUCAGGACAUGUUGUCAUCUCAAUAAAGGCUAACUGCAUUGACUCAACGGCGGAGGCUGAGGCUGUGUUUGCUGAUGAGGUGGAGAAGAUGAAGAAGGAGAAGAUCAAGCCCAUGGAGCAGCUGACCCUGGAGCCUUACGAGAGAGACCACGCAGUCGUCGUCGGCAAAUACAGGCCUCCUCCCAAGAAGUGAUUGUUGCUGUAAUUCCUUCAUCCUGUGUUCAUUGCCAUGCACUGACCCGACGAUGGCGUAUGUGGUGCUGGAUACUGACCACCCGGACCUGGACAUUCGAUUUCCUUUCCAACCUUACUAACAUAGAACAGCAGCUCUGUAGCAACAGGAGUGUGUUUAGAUCAGAGGAGUUUUAUAAAAUAGAAGUGCCUGAUGAACUAUUGUUGUUGUGAUCCUGCCUGCUUUUUACCGCUUUUGAGACCUGACAUUUUUCAUAGCUGACUUUUUGUGUGUGGGGUUUUUUUUUGUUUGGUGCUGGCUUACCAAGUCAUACAUUCAAAGGACUUGCUCUGAAUAUAGCGGCAGAAAACUUGCUUAGUGUAUUCUAAGAUUACACUUGUGAAAUUAGCAGUUCAAGAGUUGUCCUUGUUUGGAAACAGCAUCAGUGUGACAUUAAACUUCUGUAUGGGUAGAAAGUCACUGUCACCUUCAGAAUCUUUAAGAAUUUUGAUUUGGGGUGGGGUUGGUGAUAGCUAACUUCGUACAGAGAAUUUAGAAAAAUGUUCUCAUGGCAAAGCUUUAGGUGGUUAGCAUUCAGCAUAUUGUUGGUCUAAGUCGGCGUCUUGUGAGUUGCAAGAGUACUACAUUGUUUUUAUGAAAAUUUUCAUUUCAUCCACGUCUGCCAUUGCCUCAUCAUAUACCAUGUAUGUAAAUAGCCAGCUCACAUGUGACAGAUCAUUCUGAGAAAUAAACGAUGACACAAUAGAAA